AUGGUGGCAUCUUACUCCAUCCUCGGCGCAACCGGCAACUGCGGACUGGCACUACUCAACCUCCUUCUAGAAACCACGGAUGCAACGAUCAAAGUUUACUGUCGCGAUAGAAGCAAGCUGGUCCGCCUGGCUCCCGCAGUCGCCAACACAACCCGAGUGGAAGUCUACACCGGCAGCAUCACCGAUGUCGACGUCCUCGCCAAAGCCAUGUGGGAGUGCAGUUCCGUCUUCCUCACAGCCUCAACCAACGACAACAUCCCCAACUGCCACAUCAGUCAAGAUCUCGUCCGAACUGUAAUUGCAGCACUCAAGAAAUCGAAAGAUGCCGGUGCAGCCAUCCCAAGACUCGUCCUCUUGUCCUCCGCAACCAUCGACCCUUGGAUAAGUCGCAAGAACCCUUGGGUCAACGCCAUUGUUCGCAGAUCCGCCUGGCACGUCUACAAGGAUUUGGAGCUCGCCGAAGACAUCCUCCGAGCCAACGAGGACUGGGUCAAGUGCGUGUAUAUCAAACCUGGAGGAUUAUCGUUGGAUAUCCAGCGUGGACAUCGACUCACUCUCGAUGAUGAAGAGUCGUUUGUUUCAUACUUGGAUAUCGCGGCGGGCAUGAUUGAGGCGGCGAGCGAUGAGAAGGGUCGCUGGGAUAAUAAAAAUGUUGGUGUUGUGAAUGCCAAUGGGAAGGCAAAGUUUCCGGGUGGGACGCCCAGAUGUAUCUUGUUUGGCUUGUUGCGCUUCUAUUUCCCCUUCUUGCACGAGUAUCUUCCUUCGGGAACGGGACCUUCUUGA